GCUCGUUACGUAUUGGUAUUCUCUAUAUUUUGGAUAUAUACAAUAAUGCACUGCCAAAGAGCUGUGCUGAAAGUCGCUAUUUUAGGCAUGCUUAAUCAUUCAGCCAUCUUCAGCAUGUAUAAUACAACUUCAAAAGAAUGCCCAGCAAACUCUCAGCGAAAUUCUACAUCCAGUUACAAAGAGGGUUCUUAUGUAUGGACACAACCCACUCAAGGAAUAAUUCUGGGAAGUGAAUAUUACGGUUUCGUAUUUGCCAAACUCGUUGGAGGGACCAUUAUUUUUUUAUUCGGUCCAAAAAAAAUUUUCAUAAUUUCUUCAUUACUCUCUUCAAUAUUCUGCAUUUUAACACCCUUUUGUGCAGAUGUCGGUGUUUCAGUUAUAUCAUUAUGCCAAGCUAUCUUCGGAUUUGGACAGGGUCUUGUAUUUUACGGAUCUUUUACACUGUUAGGAAAAUGGAGUCCAGAAAACGAAAAGUCCACAUUAUCAUCAGUUUCAUUUUCUGGUAUGCAAGUCGGUACGUUUGUUGGUUUAAUUACGACAGGAUAUAUCUGUGAAGACAUAGGAUGGCCGUUUAGCUUCUACAUAUUCGGUGUAUGUGGGAUUGUCUUUUCUUUAUGUGUCACGUUUACAGUUUAUGACAGACCUGAAGAACAUCCCAGAAUAUCUGACAAAGAAUUGACGUUUCUUAACGAAUGCGUAACAAACAUCGCCUCAACAGAAACGAAGUUGAAUAUUCCUUGGAAACAAAUUUUAACAUCCAGAGCGGUAUGGAUAGUAGCUUUGACGAAAAUUUGUGUUGGUUUCGGUUAUUUUACAAUGUUGACUAAGAUUUCCUCAUAUUUUGAGAUUAUUCUUCACUUCCCUCUCCAGCAGAAUGGAAUAAUGAGUGCAUUAGUUUAUUCCGUGGAUGCUAUAGCGAUAUUUAUUUCCGGUUUCAUUGCUGAUUUCAUAAAAUCUCGUAAAUAUUUAAGUAUAACUAAUAUCAGAAAACUUUGCGAAACAAUUGCUACGUGUGGUCCGGCAUUAGGCAUUUUAGCGGUUUCAUUUCUAGGCUGCGAAAGUACAAAUGUAAUACUUUGUUUAAUGAUUGGACUGGGGUCUUUCGGCUUUAAUGCUUCAGGAGAUGUUGCAAUAGCGCUUGAUUUAGCUCCAGAAUUUGCAGGUGUCAUUUUCGGAUUGACUGAUAGUUUAUAUAACGCUGCAGGUAUAUUUUCACCCUAUGUUGCUGGAGUUAUAUUAGAUAAAAACGAAGGAGACAUGAUUCAAUGGAGCUACAUGUUUUAUAUGGUCUCUUCGGCUUACAUUCUGGGUGGUGUAAUUUUUAUAUUUGGAGCUACUGCAAAAGUUCAACCUUGGGCUACCAUUAAUACAGACAAGAAACAAGACGACAAUUAAUCAUGAAUAUAAAUCGAAUUUUAUUUGGAACGAUAAAAAUUUUGCUUAUAGAAUAAUUAGAAGCCAAGACAUGUAAAAUUAGUUAUGGUAGAUAUAGUAGCAAAAUUUC